AUGGCUCAAAGAGAAAAUACAUCCAUUUCUACGACGAUCCUGCGGCGGGUAAAGCAAAGGUCAGAGUCGUUAGACGAGCGCCCGUGGGCUCAUCCACCUCAGGCGCCUCGAGGUUUUGCUUUUGGAGCAGUCGUCGAUCACUUUGCGAAUGCGGUCGGCCAAAUAUCCGAGUCGCUGAUACGACAGUUCAUUACUUUCAAUCGCAUAACCGAAGCCUCGUACCCGCUCGUCAAGAUUGUGGUCGACUUCAACGACGAUAGAGGCUCAGAUUUCAUCUGGUCGACUUUGAUAGGUCGUUCCUCCACACCAUUCUCUUCGUUAAUCUCAACCAUCAACGACUGGGCGCAAAAUCUGCCGCUGGCCAAGUCGUCACACUUCCAUUUAGGGAGGGCGCUGGCGCUGCUCAAAAAAAGCUGGCAGCGGGGGCCGCGCACCUGGACGACACGACUAUCUAUACAGUCAUGCUCCUGGCCAUUGCCUCUAGCACUAGCGGCGACCACGACGCAUGUAAUGCGCAUGGCUGGCCUGCAACGGCUCGUAGAGAUGCGAGAUGGCCUUGGGCACCUCUGGAAGAACCCUGUCACUCAGUUUAAGCUCCGAGUGCCUGGACCUAAUGUGGUGCCUCGACUUGCGCAACCGACGGAGCUGAUCAACAUACACACGGACACCAAUAUGCGACUAGGCGUGAGCGAGUUCCAGCCCAUCAUCAGCUCGAUUCAGACUCGCCUUCUGAAUCUCAAGGACUCACUGGUCGACACGCCUGGAGAAUGGCUAUGUCUGGGCUUGCUGGCCUUUCUGACGACAAUGUUCCGGGUCCCAGGACGGCAGGUAACCUACGAGCACCUGGCGGACCACCUCCGAGCGCAUGUAGCAGUCUUGCAGCAGACGCGAACGGAGCUCAGGCGGAUCAUGUGGAUCCGGUGCAUCCAUGACGAGAGUGGGGCGGCGGAUUUUUACCGCUUUGAUGUUGCGGCGCUAGCUGUCCUUAAUGUCGAGGACGCGAAAGCCUGGCCUGUCAUUUAG